UGACAAGCCGCGCGCUCAACCUCAACGUUGACGUUUGUGAAGCUGGCUGGCACUCCAGACGUUAGGCUGAAUCACGAAUAACAUUGACUUUUUAUCUGUGCACCGUCGUUCAGUAUGUCGGGCUUCCUCUACGCCCCGGACCCUGGGGUCGCCAGCUUAUCCAGGGGCAUCGCUCGGAUGUCCCUUGCACCAAACUCCCUACCACCACCGUCCGUCAACCUUGAUACCGACCAUCAGCUAUCUGAGCUCACCACGCGAUGCGCCUCGUUUUUAAAGAGAUUUGACGCGUGGGUUCUGGCAAAGAAGAAGGAAAUGAGCGAUGAAAAAUUGGCGCACAUAAAAAUAAUAGACGAACUCAAAGAAAAGGAAUCCCAAACAAAAACUCAAAUCGAAGUCUACAAAGGCAAAGAAUCAGAUCUGCAACGAGCAUACGAAAAGGAGCGGCAGGAAGCGGAAGACAUGGAAGCUGAAGUUACGGACCUCCGAAUACAAAAAGAUGAGCGGGACGCUACGCGAGAUGAGUUGAUGGACCGCGUGCAAGCCAUGAAAAACGACAUUCGACGGAGGCGAGAAGAGCUGAACAAAAAGCGAGAAGCACGAUUAAAUCAGCACAAAAGAAUUCAGCCUGAAUUAGAAUGCUUUAUGAACAAACUGGCGAUGGAUGUGAGGGGGCUUCAAACGGACAUGUUGAAGUUUGUCUUUACCCAUGUACAUCCGCAAGACUGGGAGAAAGAGUACACCUUUAGCAUUGAUGUGCGAAGAAACGAUUACCAAGUUGUGGAAUGUAACCCGGCUGUGUCCAAUCUCGACGAGUUGGUGGAAUGGUUGAACAAGACUCGAGAUUUCUACACGUUUCUAAAGAUGAUGCGACGAAGUUUCGUUGAGCUCGCAAAGAUCCAUCAGUGAUGACGAUGACCCGGUUAACCAAGUUCACGGGGAGGGGAGCCAUCCGCGUUAAGUGGACUGCAUACAAAAUCAACGGAUGUUACAUGUCGAGUAUGUUCAUUUCUAAAAAUAUAUAGUACA